AUGGAGUUUGACUUUACUGAAUUUACUCUUUGUCCUACAAUUGAAGCCUUUAAUCGUUGCAAGAAAAAAUAUCUUAUUUUGGUGGCAGAGUUCUUCCGUAUUGACGUUCGAAAAGAUGUUAGAAAACAAGUGCUUAAGGAGGAUCUGUUUGGGAAAUUGGUAGAGGCAGGUAUUUUACCAGAGGAGUCUGAGGGUGGUGUUGAAGUUCAGUCUGAAGUGGCAGUGGAAACUGCAGCUGAAAAUAUCUUCCCACAGUCAAUGAAUGGCUUCAACGGAGUGAGGCCAUCUGGAAUGAAGCUCACACUCAUCGUCAGCAAGCCAGAAGACAGAAAGAACGUGCUGACCGUCAUUGACACCCUAUCCCCGAAUAUACUCCUGGCCAGUGGGUCUGGCUCUCCACUUGUGACCUUCGUCUCCUACCCUGACACAAACUCAGUCUCAGGAGUGAAUGACCUAGAGAAGGCCCGGGACCAGGGACCCCCUCCGAUCAUGAUAGACUCUGAGGAGGCUUACCAGGUGCGAGAAAUCCUGGAUUCCCGAUGCCGGGGAAGAAUUCUUCAGUAUCUUGUGGACUGGGAGGGGGAAAGGAAUUGUUUAUUGAAGGAAGCUGAGGUGCUUCACAAAGCUCGAUUUAACCACAUCAUCCAGAUCUUUGGGGUGUGUAAUGAGCCCGAGUUCUUCUGCAUUGUGACUGAGUACAUGACCAAUGGAUCACUGGAUGAGCUUCUACAUGAGAAAGAUAUGUACCCAGUGGUGGCCUGGACAUUGAGGCUGCGUAUUCUUUAUGAGAUCGCUUUAGGAGUAAACUUCCUCCACAAUAUGUCACCACCCCUUCUACACCAUGAUCUUAAAACUCAGAACAUCCUGAUGGAUGGGGAGUACCAUGUUAAGAUAGCUGAUUUUGGCUUGUCUAAAUGGCGCCAGCUCUCGAUCACUAAAGGGUCCGGCUCCAAACCUGCCGAAAUGGGAGGCACAGUCAUUUAUAUGCCACCUGAGGAGUACGAACCUUCCAAGAACCGCAGAGCGGAUGUCAAAUAUGACAUGUACAGUUAUGCCAUCAUCAUGUGGGAAGUGCUUUCAAGACGGAUACCAUUUGAAGAGGCCACCAAUCCCAUGCAGAUCAUGUUCAGUGUUCUCCGAGGAUCUCGACCUGACAUGGGCCUGGACAGUCUGCCAGCAGAAAUUCCCAGUCGAGAGACCCUCAUUAACCUCAUGACCUGCGGCUGGACCGCUAACCCAGAUGAACGGCCCUCCUUUCUCAAUUGUCUUAUUGAACUGGAGCCCAUGCUGAGAAGAUUUGAUGAGAUUGAUUUCUUGGAAGCAGUGUUGGAAGUGAAACGAACAAAGUAUAUGAGGCCAUCAAGCUGCUACUCAUCAACUCAAACAAAUGAGAAACUAAUGGAAGAAAAGAUUGUGAAGGAGCAAAACAUCCCUUGGCCAGACAACAGUUCCACAUCCAGCUCUUCCCAGGAAGCAGAAAUAUCCCAUCCUGGCUGCCUUACCAUAUCAAAUCCCUCUCAAGGUGUGUCAGGUGCUCAGGCAUCAUUAAUGUCCCUUCCACUUGAUCCUCCAAAGCCUCUUGUGGACCACUACUCUCGGAACAACCUCAGCCCUGAAUACCAGACGGCGCAGCCCGUGUCCGACCUCAACAUACCUUUCAAACCGCAUGCGUCACAGAGUGAAAGUGACCUGGCUCCUGUCAUACAACCCCUCACGCUGCAGCCACAUCCACAAGAUUUUGUCACAGCAUUGGACACUCAAGGUCUGGCGGCUCGCUGGAUUGCUGCCCGAAGGGAGGAUGUCGUGCGGCAGAUGACGGAGGCGUGUCUCAAUCAGAGUUUAGAUGCUCUGUUGUCCCGUGAGCUGCUGAUGCGCGAAGACUAUGAACUGGUCGUGAACCAACCCACACGUACUGCCAAAGUGCGGAAGCUUCUGGACACUUGCGAGCGGCAUAGUGAGGACUUCUGCCGUGUGGUGGUGCGGAAGCUCCAGGACAACAAACAGAUGGGCCUGCAGCCCUACCCCGACCUCAGCACCACCAGCCCUCCACCUCCACCUUAUACCGCCCCCAGCGCCCCCUUCCUAUCCAACUCCUUCAACACCACACGAAACUUCUGACCUUCUCCCAACUCUCCGUGAGCUCUGGAGCUCUCAUGAAGAAACAGAUGUCUUUAGGCCAAAAGCUCUGCCCGGGGUCACGGGGAGACCUGGACCUGAAGAAGCCUGCAAUGGUCCAGACUCGCAGGAGGAG